AUGGAUAGCCAACAGGCCGGACACUGGGGAAACCAAAGCACUGUGAAUGAGUUUGUCUUGCUGGGAUAUCAUAAGUACCCUGCCCUACUUUUCACAGCAUUCCUAGCCAUCUACCUGACCAUUCUACUAGGAAAUGGUCUGAUUGUAGUAGUGACCACCAUGGACCCUGCCUUGAAUACUCCCAUGUACUUCUUCCUCCGCAGCCUCUCUGGACUGGAGAUGUGCUACACCUCAGUAACCAUUCCCAAAAUUAUGGCCAGUCUUGCCACUGGGGACCUCUCCAUUUCACUAACAGCCUGUGCUUCCCAGAUGUUCAUCAUGCUUUUCCUAGGUGGGGCUGAGUGUUUCCUCCUGGCUGCCAUGGCCUAUGACCGCUAUCUUGCCAUCUGCUUGCCCUUGCGCUAUAUGACUAUCAUGAACCAAAGGAUGCGAGUGGGACUGGUGGUUGGCUCAUUUAUCAUCAGUUUCCCAAUGCAGCUGGUACAAAUUGGGCUCAUCUUCUCCCUGCCAUUCUGUGGUCCCAACGAGAUGGACCACUUCUUCUGUGACAUCCCACCCAUUCUCAACUUGGCAUGUGCAGACCUCUAUGCUAAUGAGUUGGCACUCUAUUUUGAGGACACAACCUUUGUACUGGCUCCGUUUGUGCUCAUCUUGGCCUCCUAUGUAUACAUCACCAGAGCUAUACUGCACAUGCCAUCAGCUACAGGUCGCCAGAAGGCUUUUUCUACUUGUUCCUCUCAUGUGACUGUCGUGAGUCUCUUCUAUGGCUCUGCAUUAUUUACAUAUGUCCUUCCCAAAACCCCUGACUUCAUGAAAAUUGACAAGUUACUGUCUCUCUUCUACACAAUUAUAAUUCCUCUUUGCAACCCCCUUAUCUAUACUCUAAGGAACAAGGAGGUGAAAGCUGCCCUGAAGAGGCUUUUCAAUAAUAAAAGAGCCCUUGAAAUUAGGAAGGUUGAGACCAUCCACUGA